AUACCAACACUGCUGGAACAGGUGAAGGUCCUGAAGGUCGUGGGACCUGAAUGCAAUUUCAAUAGCCAAUCAGACCUUCAUUUCUAAUAUUCGAUAUCCAUUUAGAUAAACCAGUGACUUUAACAGCUUCUUCAUGCCUGCAAUUCCUCACAUCUCAUUUCACUCUCACAAGCACAAAAAUUUAUAAUCUGUGUAUUCAAUAUUUUGUCGACAUGGCUACCACCUGCGCUGCUUCAGCCAUUGCUUUCUCUUCCAACAGUUCCCAAAAAACGGGAGCUAUUGUGGGAACGACAAAGGCUUCUUUUCUUAGUGGAGGAAGUCUCCGAUUGAGCAAAUUAGCGGCACCUGUUAGAACAAGAUCAAUCACUACUGUUUGUGCUGUCGCUGACCCUGAAAGACCCAUAUGGUUCCCUGGAAGCACCCCUCCUGCAUGGCUUGAUGGCAGUCUCCCAGGCGAUUUUGGUUUCGAUCCUCUUGGUCUUGGAUCUGAUCCCGAGACUUUGAAGUGGAACCAGCAAGCAGAGAUUGUACACUGCAGAUGGGCAAUGUUAGGUGCGGCAGGUAUCUUCAUACCUGAAUUUCUGACGAAGAUCGGAAUUUUAAACACCCCAUCAUGGUACACAGCCGGUGAACAAGAGUACUUCACUGACAAAACCACUCUCUUUAUUGUCGAGUUGAUCUUUAUUGGUUGGGCUGAGGGAAGACGGUGGGCAGACAUACUCAAACCAGGGUGUGUAAACACUGACCCUAUCUUCCCUAACAACAAGCUCACAGGAACAGAUGUCGGCUACCCAGGUGGCUUGUGGUUUGACCCACUUGGCUGGGGCAGUGGUUCUCCUGAGAAGAUCAGGGAGUUGAGGGUAAAGGAGAUCAAAAAUGGAAGAUUGGCGAUGUUAGCUGUCAUGGGUGCCUGGUUCCAAGCCGAAUAUACUGGCACUGGACCUAUUGACAACCUCUUUGCUCACCUAGCCGAUCCUGGUCAUGCCACAAUAUUUGCUGCUUUCAGCCCCAAGUGAGGAAACAUGAGAGACAUGUAACUGCAAAUUUGUCACAAGAGCAUCAACGAUCUUCUACCACAAGGGUUUUAACAUGUGCCUCAAGUGAUGUUUCAGUUUCAUGUAGUGUACAAAUACUUCUUUGGAUUUAAAAACAUAACAAAUUUGAAAUAGUUGUUGGAAA